CUCCGUCACAUUUUAUCUAUCCAUCGACCUCGCCAGCCCAAAAAUCAUGGUGGUUAUUACACCCUACCCUUCAGCCUAUACCUUCCAGUAAUACCAGACUUACAGGACUGCAGAAAUGCAAAGCGCCGAGCUUUACACUCCUGGUGGUGCGUUUGUGCGUUCGGGAAGAGGCUACCACCAAUUGUUCGGAGAGCCGGAUGCCGGCCUGAGGUUUGUAGUACUACACGACUAUGUCAUCUCUGUUACUCCCUUGCAACCAAAAAUAAUGAAGCAGAACCCUGUGACAUCGUUCAAGCAAAUUUCAGCAGCGCAGGCUCGAUUGCAGCGACGGUCCGGUAUCCAUGAAUUUGAGGAAUUCUUUCGCUCCCUUGUGGACAAGAUACCUAAUAGCGGCGGUGUCGCACUUCCGUAUAUCAACCCACCCAUCAGCUCAAUACACAGAAUCCUCUCCCAGACUGAACUCGAAAACCAUACAAACCGUCUUCUAGACUUCCUAGGCCGAGGUGAACUUGCUUCCAGGCAUGAGAUACUUGUUGGACACGGUUAUGGGGGGUUGAUUUGUGAACAGGCCUUUAUGCGGCUACAAACCGACUCGGCGAGCCCAACCAGGGCCCGAGCGAAGAAACAAUUGCGCGGGAUGCUUCUUUUCAACACACCACAUUUCCGAGCCGGGUUGGCGCAGUGGACUUUUUUGACUGCGAAAGAACUCAAUCUCAGCACGGCGAGGAGCAGGCAGGAUCAAGAUUGGUCAGCUUGCUUGGAUGAUUUCAUCAAAAUAUCCAAGAUGCAAGCUAACUUUGCCGAUAUCUUCCAGCAACCAGAAAGCCAGGUCAGACUUGCGUGCUGUUUUGCAAAGCAACCUGAUCCGGUGACCAAACUCCUCCUAUCUCCAGAGUUUUGCUGCCUUCCUACUGUCGAAGCAAUCGAAAUACAUGACUCGAGCCAUUUUUGUAUAAGCACAGCAAAAGAGGAUCUUACGUACAUCAUCGAGAGACUGGCGGACUGGGCUAAAGCAAUACAAGAGGGGGAAAAGCUCACACAUGAUCUACUCCCACUGCGAUCCCUAGCUGGUUCGUCGCGGUCUAAUGAUCCCGCUUGGCAGUGGGACCCAAAGUCGGCCUAUCGUUACUUCAUUCUGAGCUGGAAGGAAGAACCGAAUAUCCCUGCUGUGAGCCCUGCGUUGGGCGACAUUGUCAAGGAAAUAUGGUCGCCGAGUUCGAGAAAGCCACCAAUUGCAAGGCGAGAUGAUGUCGUGCCUUCCCAGUACAAAGAACUAAUUGACUUCGGGGUGUCGCACAUCAUCAAGAAUGACUUUAAGUACUGGAAGUAUCUUCUGAAUCCUGACAUUGAGGGCGCGGGUUACAGGGUCGUGGUCAGGGAGGAGUGGUCGAAAGAUCGCACAGUCGAGUACGUGAAGGCUGCCCUGCAGUUAAAGGCUGUGAGAGAAAGCCUAAAGGUUGGAGAGUUCAAAUUCUACGUCGUAACUGGGGUGAUCUAUGGCAGCAAAGAUCCUGACGGCAUUACGACCGAGCGGUCGGCGGCUUUGGGAUACCGAUGCCAGAAAGCUUCGGUGGUGCAGCUGUUCGAAGCACCGACGAUCAGCACAAGGCUUGUUAUUGAGCAGGUUGAGGUACGCUCAACCAUUACGGAAGAACCGAUAUCAGAGAUCGAGGUUGGGUCAUCACGAGCUCCACUUACUGAAAUGGAAUCCAAAGCCUGGAAAUCAGAAGAUCCAAGAACCAAGAAGAAGCCUCCGAGACGUGGCAUCAGGAAGGCAGUCGCGCAGUUGGGUGAUCGAGCUGGAAAUGCUGCAAAUGUGAUAUCAAUCAUGGGCAGGCGCGCACUGGCCGAGAUAAGCUGAUCUGCGUAACGGAAAAACAGAGAAACAGGGCGACAGGGAGUGUGACGGGACACCUCCUGGAGACUGCGGUUUUGAAUAUCAUGUUUGCAACGCUUGAGUUGAUGAAAUUGUAGUACGAGGGACUACAAACAAGGAUGGCGGCGCGAGUGUCAGAGACACGUGGUAUGGACCCCGCUGCAGACUGACGGCCUUCCUCAGGUUGCUG